GUCAAGCUAUCUAUCCUUCCUUACUCCAGACAAAAAGACCGUAUAGCAUCCAUCUUUUUUUAGUUUAUUGCACCUUCCCAAUAUAUAAAACUCGCUGGUUUUUCUGUUUAUCAGUCAUUAACUCCAGCCAAUAAACUCCCUGCGUCGUGUCCACACGAUCAUCAUAAUUACUCAGGAUUGUGGUUCUACCUCCUGCCCGUUGCAACUGAAACUAGGUUCAACACACCUCGUCAGCUAGAUAGACCGCCUCCUAAUUUCGUCACGUCAACAAAACACUGAACUCAGACUUUUGCUCUGGCCAUCAACCGGAGGAAUACAUAAAACAAGAUGCGGUCGAUUUUACUCCCCAUGCUCACAAGCGCCCUACUUAGCAUGGCUUGGGUGAAUGGAACCCUGCUUCAAGUUGAGCAUGAUGGUUCCAAGUACUUGCUCUGUAGUCUUGAUCACGCAUUCACAGAGGAGGAGACAAAACAAUAUCCGAUUGGACUGACUGUCCGAUACCCAGUCGGAGAUACCAGACAUUUUCCAUCAGCCAUGAUCCAAAAUAAUUCACCAGAACCCAUUCGAGUUGGAACUGGUUUUCCAAUUGAAGCCAAUGUUGGCAACCUCAGAGGAAAGUCUUCAGCAAACUUCUUGUUCCGCUCCCCAGCAGAAGGCGCUGGUCAAGACUUCAAGUUCAAAGAAGGGUUAGAGGGACACUACAUCAUCAUCUCUUUCGAUAAACAUGCAAAUGUAGACUACGAAACAUGGCAGCACCUUACAAAGACACACCUCAUGUAUAACGUCAACAAUUAAACUCAUUUCUCAGAAUAUAUCAAUGAUCUUAAGAAAUCAAUCUUAAGACCAUUUGCUUUAUCAUGAUAGUACGAGUUCAACAUAGGUAUGUGA